AUGUGUGGGCAUCGUGUGUCGUCACAUGUGUCGUCAUGUGCAUAUGUAGGCAGACUCGACCAGAGUGUGAGCGUGUUAAGCAAUUCUUUUGCUGUGACGACCUUAGCAGUAGCGGCAUCAACAACUGCUGCCGCUCCAACUACCCGCCGUCUUAACCGAAUCAUCAGCCGCCGUCGACAGUCGACCACAACAUCAACGACCACGGAACCAGCCAGCACUACGCCGUCAACGACUAAAGAAGAUGAAUAUUACGAUACACUUCCAGAUGUUGGAGAUACUGAUGCGAUUGAAGAUCCAACACUACAAACAAAGAAACCUAAACCUUCUUUCAAAGUACAACGUCGUCCACUAAUUUUGAAAGAGUCAGAAAGCGACCAAAACCCAUCAGCAACCAACGAGGAAGAAAAUAAAAGACAGAGUAAGAAGUAUAGUGCGAGCAUUAAACAAAUUGAGCUAGAUGACUUGGUGAAGAAUGUUAAAGAAGAAUCAACCACGGACAAAUUCACGACUGUUGAAGAUAUUAGUCCAGAAACUGCAGUGGCAAUAGCUGCUCACCAACUCAUUACAGCACCCAUACCAAGCUUAACUGACUCUGAAGAUGAUGAUAUCAAACCGACCAGAAACAUUCAAACCACUGUCGAAUACAAAUAUACUAGUCGAGAAUAUAAUGAGUAUACUAAUACAGAUAGCAAAACACCAUCUUACGAGGAUGAUCAAAGCACACCUAUUUACAAAACUAAGAUAUUAGGAAAUGACGAAACUACAAUGUACAAAACUCAAAAUGAUUUUGAUUCUACAAAAGACUACAAUUUUGAUUCUACCAGAGCUUCCGACUUCGAUAUUCCAAAAACAUCGUCCCAAAAAUACAUAACUACACCUGAAUAUAAAACUAUCGAUUAUAUUCACACAACUUUAGGUAAUACUUAUGCAGUUGAUAUUGAUUCAGCAAAAAUUUCUACCUAUGAUGUUCCAAAAGCAACAAAUUCUCCCAUCACAGUUAGCACAAUCAGCAAUCAGGAUUACGGUCGAUCAACUACCAUUGAUUAUAACGAACCUGAAUACGAUUCUCCCAAAAUUAUUUCUACCACCUUCCCUUCCAAGUCAUCUUCAACGAAAUCUGUAGCAAAUACCAUAACAGGUCAAUCUUUCAAUACUGCCAUUGAUGACUCAUACACUAACAACCCAAUUGACUUCGCUUCAAGUGUCUUGAGUUACCUUCCAAAAUCAGACUAUCAAUCCGAUUCGGUAACUCAAAAUUACGUUCGUAGCACUAAUAAUUUACCUGAAACGUCAACUGAAUUCGUACCCAGGAAUUCACCGUCUUUUGUAACAAACUUUGCUUCCACUACUUAUUCAAACAGAGAAACAUUUGACGAUACUGUAUUGGAAGAAAAUUUACCCAGAAGUCGAAUCUCAACUACUUUGACUCCUCCUCAAACUUCUAGGCAAGCUUUUGAGAGAACAACUGCCAGUCAAGGAAGUAAUUCUCCGAGAACUGCUAGUUCUUUCUCUCCUAGGGCCACUGAAGCUACAAAGCUUAGGAAUGACUUUAGAUCUAAUCUGGCCACAAAUGCGGUGACUAUUGGAUAUUCUGGUAUCCAAAGAGGGACAAGUAGGUUUAGGAAUGAGAAGUUGAUACCAGUGCCAGUGGAAAACAGGGGAUAUACCGCUAUAGGGUACACAAGAUCCAGCCAAGCACCUUCGUACUACACCAGGGAAUAUUUGCUGGAAUCACCGGUGACUAAGACUUACGAUGAAGAAUACCAGUACCUGCUGCCUAUCACGACACCACAAACGCCGCCAUCUUCUGCGACCAGAAAGGUCAUCAGGAAGAAGAUUCACCGUAAGAUCUCGACCACACAACAACCGACUACAACCCCAUCACCACCUACAUCGACCACAACAGUUAGACCACGCAGGGUUUCCGCUAAACCUUUUGAAAAGGUUUCUAAAGAAAAGAAGACGACUAAAAAACCUAUAGCCAAUUACGAUUAUUAUGACGACAGUGAUGAAAAGAUGGCUGUGAAGUAUAUGGAAGGUACAAAGGUGGUUAUGCAUGAAAAUGGAACCAUAGAAUGCCUGGACAUCGGCAACUUCCCACACCCGACGUCUUGCAAGAAAUUCAUAUCAUGUGCGCGUAUAGAGAACGGUUCCUUACUAGGAUGGGAGUACAUCUGUCCCAAAGGGCUUAGUUUCGACCCUGUAGGAGGAAUCUGUAAUUGGUCUGCGGGAUUAGGCUGCAACGAGAAAGAUGCUUGA